AUUGUAUCAAUCUCUCAAUCCCCGAUUUUAUAUUAUAGACCUACUGCCUCUCUUUUCCUGCUCUCUUUAUCAAUCAUGGCGGGUGUACUGGUGGGAGUAUUUCUGGAAAAAGUAUCUGAAUACACCGUUAAAGCUCUGUUUCGUGGCUUCACGUAUAUGUUUUGUUAUAAAACUCUUGUUGAUCAACUCAAUUCGGAAACUGAGAAGCUUAACAUCGAGGAGGGCAACAUGUCCAGGGAAGUUGAGAAAGAAAAAAAUAAUGGUAAAAUAGUUAAAGACUAUGUAUCCAAAUGGCAAGUCAAUGCGCAAGAGAUUCAAAAAAGUGCCGCUGAAGAGCUUUCACCUUCAUGCAGCUGUAUUCAGCGUCUGCCGGUUCCUAAUCCCAUCUCCCGUUUUCGAAUUGGAAGGGAGGCGGUGAAGAAGGCGAAGGCAGUAACUCAACUCAAAGACUCCGGAAAGGAGUAUCUAACUGGAGAAAUUGCAUACCUUCCGGAGGUUAUAGUCAUGCCAAAUUUUGAGACCACAUUCGAGGAGUUUGAAUCGAGAAAAGAUACUUAUCAGAAACUCUGGGAUUCACUUGUGGACGAAGAUGGUCCUGUGAUUCACGGCAUCUAUGGAAUGGCGGGAGUGGGAAAAACUCGCAUGAUGGAACAGUUUUGGGAAGAGGCCAUAAAGAAGAAGAUUUUCAAAAAGGCGGUACGAGUUAAUGUAGGCAGUGAAAACAUGGACAAAAUGAAGUUGCAAGAACAGAUUGCUGGCCUUCUCGAUUGCAAACUGGAGUCAGAAGUUAUGGAAAAUAGAGCUUCUCAACUGGAAAACAGUAUAAGAAAUAGAGGUAAAAUUCUCCUGAUACUAGAUGACGUAUGGAGGGAUAUUCACUUAGACGAUAUCAUUGGAACUCCAUUUGGCAAUGGCACUAGUUCUUCUGGGGGUCCUAAAAUCCUCUUCACAUCUCGAAAGAAAGAAAUGUGCUUGGCUAACAAGUGCCAGCAUAUUGUCGAAAUCAAAACCUUAAGUCCUGGUGAAGCUUUGUAUAUGUUCAAGAAGAUUGUUGGUCCUGCUGAUUUAAAUAAUCCUCUACCGGAUGAAUCCCUGGUGAAAGAAGUUUGUGAUAAGUGUGGUGAAUUGCCAUUGGUCAUUCAUGCGGUUGGCAAAGCACUAAAAGGCAAGCCUAACUAUUGGUGGACAGACGCACACGAUCAACUUCAGAAGGGAAAGUUUGAAGAAAUUGCUGAUGUAGAUCCGCAAGUAUAUAGCGGUAUCAAACUGAGUAUUGAUUAUCUACAAAAUGAUGAUGCCAAAUCAUGUCUUUUUCUCUGUUCCAUGUUUCCUGAAGAUGCUGACAUCGAUAUCAAGAUACUGAUCCAGUUAGCAACAGGCUCGCAACUUAUACCCUGCGGAGAAUCAAGAGUACUUGCUAUGGUUGAUUAUCUCAAGAAAUCUUCUCUGUUGCUAGGCUCUGGUGAAGAUGCUCAAACAAAGGUUCAUGAUAUUAUUCGAGCCGUAGCAAGAUCCAUAGCUUUCACAGAUUCAAAAUAUGCAUUUUUACAGGUAACAUGCAACUCAAGAUACUUGCCUUCUAAUGCCAAUUAUACCCGAAGAUUCUUACGUUUAGAUGUGGAGACUGAGGAUGUUGAUUUUGGCGAGCAUUGGAUAUGCCCAAACCUGCACACCUUGUGGCUACACUGCGGCAACUAUUGGCAACCUUUCUCAGGUGGCUUCUACAGUAUGUUUGUGAAUCUCAGUUGUCUGAUGCUACAAUAUGUGGACAUUUCUUCAGAGCACUUCUCUCUUCAGCCUUUGGGUAAUCUUGGGACGCUUAGUUUAUUUUCCUGUGACAUAAGGAACACGGAUGCUAGAUUUUAUCCCAAAAGACUAGAAUCUCUUUGCAUUUAUGAGUGCAGGCUCCCAGAGCCGCUGGAUGUAGCAAACCUGGAAUAUCUUCGAAAGCUAGAGAUCCGACAACAGAGAGCUGUACUGGUAAGGGAGAAUGUCAUAUCUAGUCUAUCCAGUCUGGAAAAAUUACAUGUGUCUCAUGGAUUCGUCCAUAGCUAUGACGAAUAUCAUAUGGAGCCCAUAGUGAAGGAGAUCAGUGAAUUGACCUGUCUCAGAAGUCUACAUUUUGAAUUCUAUCAGGAUAAUACUUUUCAAGGUACAGAUAUACCUUUUAGUACAGACAGAUACAAUAUAUUUGUGGGUGAAGCGCUAAAUGGGAAUUUUAAGUUUGACCAAGACUGGAAAGUUCCAUUAACGAAGUCGAUUCAGAUCAUAGGAAAUCACUCGAUGCCUUGGGAAGGUUUGAUGGUGAGCGCUGAAAAAGUGAAUUUGUGCAACAGCGAUGUAGACGUGAGUAGCAUCUGUAAUGAUCACAAGAGAGCAUUUGAAGACUUGAAAAUACUGGUUAUUUUUGGAUGUGACAACAUGGGGCAUCUAGCAAGUAUAUCACGGGACCGGAUCCUGGACAGUGUUCAAUUGGCAACAUGUUUUUCUAAACUAACCAUUUUGAAGAUUUUUAGGUGCUCUAAAUUGAAAUACCUCUUCUGCAACAACAUUGCAAAAACUUUGGUACAACUGCAGGAGCUGCGCCUAGAUCAAUGUGAUUCUAUGGAAGCCAUCGUAAUGAAUGAAGGCACAAGUGAUGGAGAAAUCAUCAAUUUCUCCAAAUUAAAAUCACUCCAGAUAGAAUAUGCGCCCAAACUCAGAAGCUUUUGCGCAGAAAAUUCCGACUACCCCUCUGCUCAGAAUCUGCCCCUUUUGGAUAAAAUGGUUGCAUUCCCUUCCUUAGAGUAUAUAUACAUAUGUAGGUGUGGGAGCUUGAGAAGCAUGUUCGCAUCUUCUGUUGCCCGUGAACUUAAGCAGCUUAAGCAAAUAAGAGUAGAAGCAUGCGAGGAAAUGACAAGUAUAGCUAGAGUUGAUGAACAAGCAAUCUGUGAUGGCAUACUGUUCCCUGAGUUGACGUGUCUAGUGCUAUAUAAUUUGCCAAAUUUGAUGAGUUUUUGGAGUAAUCAAAAUGGAAAAGCUGAUACUUGCAAGGCACAGCUCAUCCCUCGACUCUCGUCAAAUGUUGUUCUAGACUUCCCUCAUCCCAAAAGUUUUUUUGAUGAUGAAAAUUUCCAGUUGUAUAUGCCGAUUUUAAAGAAGUUGGUAGUUGAUAGUUGUCGAAUUACAACUCUUUUCACCUUCUCCGUGUUCAGGAAACUCCAACUCGAGACGUUAGAAGUAAAAUGUUGUGAAUUUUUAGUGAACAUUGUUGAGGAUUUCAGGGGUGAUCAGAUUUGUGACCGGAUUAUCACACUCUCUCGACUCACAAAAGUUGAUCUUAUGAAUUUGCCCAACCUCAAAAGGUUUUUCCAGGUUGCAAAUUAUGAAUUUCAUAUGCCAGUUUUAAAGACCAUGGAAAUUCGUGGAUGUGGAUUGUCUAAUACUCUUUUUACGCGUUCUAUCUUCAAAAAUCUCCAACAACUAGAGGAAGUGCAUAUAAGUGAUUGCGAACUGUUGGAUGGCAUCUUUGAGGAUGCAGUUGGUGAUGAAAUUCUGGAUCCUAGUGACAAGAUCAUCACCCUUAAUCGAGUCACUGAUAUAUAUCUUGACGAUUUACCAAAAUUUAAGAGUAUUUUCUAUGGUGCAACUUACGAGUGUCAUAUGCCGGCCUUAAGGAAUGUGACAAUUUCUAGAUGCAAACUCCAAAUUCUUUUCACAUGCUCGGUGUUUCGAGAAAUCAGACAAGUCGAAAAGUUAAAUAUAAGCAGCUGUGAAUCGAUGGAACACAUUGUUAAAGAGGUUGGCGGUGACGAAACCUUUGGGGUAAAUGGUACAAGUAUCACAUCCCCUCAACCACUACAACAGAUUCAGCAUCACACAACGGUUUUUGCCCGUUGUCUGAGACCACAGAAAACCGUGGUCUAUCGAGACGCCGUCUGAUAUGCGUAUCAGACAACGGUGCGCAUCGUUGUGUGAUAGUGGUGAACACGAUGGUUUACGUUAAAAAAAUUGUUGUGCAACACCCAGAACCAACAACGUUUUCUCUUAAACGUGGUGUUGUUAGAAACUCUUCAUAACAAUAGUUGUUUUCAAAAAUGAUGUUGUUAGAGAGGAUAUACACAACAGUUUUUGGAUAUAUUUACUUGUUAAUAAGAGUAUCAGACAAGAUUGUUUGUGUUAUAGAGGCUCGUGUUUUACUAUCUUGUACAACGGGUUUCGAUCAGUGGUCACUUGUGUAAGGCUUCUUAUAACAAUAAUUUAUAUAAUGA